GCGGCGUUGGAUGGGCGCAGGUGCGCGCGCAUCACAGCGCAGGUUCGAAUCUCCGGCGCUGCGCUGUGCUGCGGCUCUCCAACGUCCCGUCCACCCUCGGGACGGCCCAGCGCCCAGCUCCGUUCCGCCCUCCGCCCUCCGGCCGCAGCCCGCGCGACCCCCUUGCCUGGCCCAUGGCCAAGCGGCGUGCGGCUGAGCCGCUCACGUUCCGCGUGCCUUGGAAGCGGCUCCUGCUCAGCGACUUCCCGGAGGAGCCGCCGCUCUGGGUCCCGCCGUCUGGGGCGGCUCGGCCCCUCAAGCGCCAGGGGGACGCGGGGACCAUGGCGGAGCCUGCGUCUGCGCCCCGCAAGCGACGCGGUGGUGGGGACGACCGACAGGAGCUGCAGGGCUGUAGCCUGGAGCCCGGAGAGCCACCUCCGGACGAGCAGGAGGAACCCCGAGUCAGCCGGGCCGUGGGCGGCGGCGACAGGGUAGAGGGCGCGGGCACCUCGCAGGUAGCCGACGAGGUGCACAGCCAGCAGAAUGAAGAGUUUUGGCAGUAUAAUACAUUCCAGUAUUGGAGGAACCCUCUACCACCUCUUGAUCUGGCAGCUCUUGAAGAUGUGAGUGCAAGCAGCCUGACAGAAACCCUUGAGGACAAGAAGGAAGGAGUUGAGGUUGACAUGGAGUCCUGACAGAGAGAUCUGAAGAAAUGGGAUCCGUUGAAUUUGAGGAGACCUAAAGGAAAAGUUCUUUUCCAUACUUGACAUGGUACUUUUUUCAAACCUGAAAAAUGAAGAAGAGUUUUGGAGUAAAUAACUAAUUACUAUUGAAUCUCCUAGUGGAGAGUUGUCAAGGAUGUGGUACAGCUGCAGACAAAAUACUUUGUAUGCAUUUUUAAUGAAAAAAAAACCACUUUGUUCGUGCUCUUGACUUUGAAGAUGCUUAUCUUGGAAAAGGAGGUUUUGACAGUUUUAGAGGAAGCACUCAGGUCUUCUGUACUUGUCCUGUCACAUGUCCCUCUGCACCACAAAGCUUAUUUGUGGUACAAGGAAUGAACACGUUUAUACAGCUGAUAUAAUAAAUGCUUCCUAGGACAUCUUAUUAGUUCCCAUUGGUUGAACAGAGACGGGUAUCUAUGCAAAAUUAAAGUGUGAGAUUCUUUCUGAAAGCUAACCUUGUUUUAAAAGAGUGUAAAUUUAAACUAGUGAGAACUUCCAUUUGGGUAGCUUGUCUUAACUGUCACUAUUUGCUGUUUAUUAAAACAGUAGAGACAAUGAAUAUAGUCAAACAAUGGGUAAAGCACAGCAGGAAGCAGGUGCCUGCCCUUCCCCCCUCUUUCUGAGAUGAAUGAAAUGAUCUAGUCAGUUUACUGAUUUCUGUUUUGAGGACUUUUUUUAUAUUGUUUAUAUUACUUUAGACCUGUAGUUCUCAACACUGAUAGCACUUUAACCAUCUCUGCUCGAGCGCUGGUCUUAGAGAGAUCCCAUUCAAUUAUUUGAAGGUGGCUUUACACAUAGGUUUUUGUUUUGUUUUUUUUUUUGCACUGACUGUAUUCCUGUAUCGUGCAGAUGGGGCAGAACCACUAGACUAACAGCUUUCCCUGUCUACAGGAGGUCACUAGUGCGAGCUGCAGCAAUGCCUCUUCCUUAGUUUUGUCCUUACUUUGUUAUGUUAUUUGAUUUGUCAUUACUAAGUUAUUAUGUUACAAUUUUAUUUUUAAUAAAGUACAUUGUUUAUGUUUGAGGUAUGUAUCAAUGACUAAUUUUUGUAUUGGAUUCAGAAUGCUGGCUUUGUUACUGAAUAGUUUUGUCUAUAUUUCUGUAUUUUUGACAUUAAAUCCAAUCCAAAAUUCAGAAAAGAUAGUUGAUGUCAAUGAGAGGAAAACCAAGAAAUAAUAAAUAGUAUCUACCUCA